AGAUCUCGUUCCGGGUUUGGCAGUGCGGCGGCAGCCUGGAGAUCCUCCCCUGCAGCCGAGUCGGUCACGUCUUCAGGAAGAAACAUCCUUACGUCUUUCCUGAGGGGAACGCCAACACGUACAUCAAGAACACACGACGCACGGCUGAAGUAUGGAUGGACGAUUUCCGUCUGUUUUACUACUCUGCUCGUCCUGCGGCUCGAGGCAAAUCCUACGGAGACGUUCGAGGCAGAGUGGAACUUAGGAAGAAGCUCAAGUGCAAAUCCUUCAAGUGGUAUUUGGACAACGUCUACCCAGAGCUGAAGGUCCCGGACGACUCGGACUCACAGUCCGGGGUCAUAAGACAGAGACAGAACUGUCUGGAGUCUGGGAAGGUGGAGGGCCAGGAGACCCCCGUCCUCACGUUGGCCCCCUGCACCGGAGCAGAGGGGGCCCCGGCCAACAA